AUGAGGCAUCAGAGGCAGACUCUGAUGCUUAGGGGAGUGGCUGGAGUGUUUGCAAUAAAACAGAACAUUGAUAAUGUUCGCUUGAAAUCCUGGCAACUUGGCGGCACAGAGGAGAAAGAACCAUAUUCAGCUACUCCAGCAUGUGUGUCCGUUACUCCAUUGUGGCUGGACAAAAUAUUGAAUGCUCAACAGCUGCAGGGUGAAAAAAAAGGAACACAGAUCCAUGAUGAGCAUCUUUUCAUUGUGACCCAUCAAGCUUAUGAACUUUGGUUUAAGCAGAUUCUGUGGGAACUGGACUCAGUUCGGGUGAUCUUUCAGAAUGGCCGUGUGAGAGAUGAGAGAAACAUGCUCAAGGUUGUUGCUCGAAUGCACAGAAUUUCAAUGAUCCUUAAAUUACUUGUGGAGCAAUUUUCAGUUCUAGAAACUAUGACUGCAUUGGACUUCUUUGAUUUCAGAGAUUACUUGAGCCCAGCAUCAGGUUUUCAGAGCCUGCAGUUCCGCCUUUUAGAGAAUAAGAUUGGUGUCCCGCAGAGUCUGAGAGUUCCUUAUAACAGAAGGCAUUACCGUGAUAACUUCAAGGGACAUGAGAAUGAACUGCUGCUUAAAUCAGAGCAGGAGCCCACGCUUCUGCAAUUAGUGGAGGCAUGGCUGGAAAGAACACCAGGACUAGAACCAGAAGGAUUUAAUUUCUGGGGAAAAUUUGAAGUGAAUGUGUUAAAAGGUCUAGAAGAGGAACUGGCAAUGGUUCAGGCCAAACAAGAAUUGGAGGAAAAAGAGGACCUACUGGCUGAACUUCAAAAACAAAAAGAGAUUCUUAUUUCAUUAUUUGAUGAAAAACGCCAUGAACAUCUUCUUAGUAAAGGAGAAAGAAGACUCUCUUAUAAAGCAUUGAAAGGAGCUUUAAUGAUCUACUUCUACAGAGAGGAGCCUCGCUUUCAGGUUCCCUUUCAGCUUCUUACUUCUCUCAUGGAUAUUGAUGUACUCAUGACCAAAUGGAGAUACAACCAUGUCUGCAUGGUGCACAGAAUGAUUGGCAGCAAAGCUGGCACUGGAGGAUCAUCAGGCUAUCAGUAUUUGCGCUCAACGGUGAGUGACAGGUACAAGGUGUUCGUAGAUUUGUUCAACCUCUCAACAUAUUUGGUGCCAAGACACUGGAUACCAAAGAUGAACCCAACUAUUCAUAAAUUCCUUUACACAGCAGAAUAUUGUGACAGCUCCUACUUUAGCAGUGAUGAUUCAGAUUAAAGAGCCUGCCAUGGUGAUCCAUUUUAAAGAACUUUGAACUGUCAUAUGAACUGGUUCUGACCUUUUGUGAGGUCCCUUAAAUUUAUUAAACAUUACAAAGCAUGUAUAUAUAUUUAUGCAAGCCAGGCUGUGAGAUUUAAAACAUGUGAUGAAAUUCUGGACACAUUAUAAAUAGUAUGAUUUAGAGAUGAUACUAACUACUAAAUAUUCAUAUUGAAGUAUUUUUAGAACAUUACAGAAAUAAGGCGGCACAGUUUGCUGAAGGAAACAGUAUAUAGAGAUAUUAAUGACGCUUAGCAAUACUGGAUCAGUUGAAAUUCUGUUGUUAAUGCUAGGGAUUCAUUUUGCUCAGUAUCUUUACAGAAAUAUUUCUUUCAGAGUAGCAGCCGUGUUAGUCUGUAUUCGCAAAAAGAAAAGGAGUA